CCAUAUGGAUGGAUUCAAUCCACCCAUCUCAUUUUAUAAAUCCAUUGGACAAUGUUUUAUUAUUUAUUUAUUAAAUAAAAUUUUAUUAAACAAUAUUAAAUAUUUAAAUUAAACAAAAAUUCUAUUGUUAAAAAACAAAAAGAAAAACAUGUUCUCUCUCCGAUCCAACCAAACAAGAACCCUAAUUUCAUCUUCCCUUAAUUUCUUCUUAACAUUUGACACUACAAAUCGAAAUUCAUCCCAACAAUUUUGUGCUACAAUUGUAAUUCAUCUCAACGUUUCAGUGCUACAAUCGAAAUCCAUCUCGAUGAUUCUGUGUUACAGUCGUAAUUCAUCUUUGGUGCUACAACAUCGCAAAUUCAAAUCAACUCUAACAAUUUCUCAUAGUAGUUGUCUCUUUGAGUGUGAAAAAUCAUUCAAGUCUUAUUAAGAGAGCUUCCACAUACAUCAUUGUCAUGGCUUCUUACUCGACACUCGGUAAUGUUUUUGUACACUAGUAUGAUAUUUCUAGAAUGUAUGUGUGUUACUCACGAUGAUGCCAUUUUUGCUAUGAUAUUUUUAAUAUUGCUAUUUUGUAUUUUCUGUCAAUCUUAAGACUUUGGACAGAAGAGAUAUUUAGGUUUGUAUGUGUGUUAACUCAGUGUUGAAGUUGUGUUGGAUUCCUACAUUGCUUAUGUUCAUGAACUGUUAAUAUAUGAGGGCAACCAGUUUUGUGCAACCUAGAAUUGUCCGUUGUCUAGGAUUACCUGUGGAACCUACUCAAAAAUGCAAUGUGCUAGUUGGAAAUGGCCAGAAUAUGAAAGCAGAAGGUUUUGUGAAGCAUUUAACUCUGAAAAUUCAAGGAAAUGAUAUCACUAUUCCAGCAUAUUUGUUGUCGGUAUCUGGAGCUGAUGUGAUAUUGGGAGCACCUUGGUUAGCGUCACUAGGACCUCAUGUGGCUGAUUAUGUAGCAUCUAGAGUUAAAUUUUAUUCGGAAGGACAUUUUAUUACUCUGCAGGGUGAGACUGAUUGUAAACCUGAGAUAGCACAUUUGCAUCAUUUUAAGAGAUUGCAUCACAUAUAUUCAAUAUCAGAAAUGUUCACAAUACAUAAAAUAGAUCCUGUGGAAAAUACUGAUGAAUGGGUUGGCAUGCCUGAGAAUGUAGAUCCUGAAAUGGAUACAUUAUAUCACACUUACAGAGUGAUUUUUCAAAUUCCAAAAAGGCUCCCACCAAACAGAGAAUUGGAUAAUGAGAUUGUGUUGAAAGCAGGUUCUCAACCAGUGAAAGUGAAGCCAUAUAGGUACCCUCAUAGCGAAAAAGAGAAGAUGGUUCUCAACCAGUUACUAUCCCAAAAGCUUAAGCUAUAAGUGAAGAAUGUGUGACUUUUUGUUUUCUUUACAUCUCUAACAUAUGCUUCAUCCUUAUAUAGUUUCACAUCUUGAGAAUAUGGAUUGGAUACACCUCAUGUGGCUCAUGUUAUAAACUUUAACUUGCCGAGAGACAUAGAUGACUAUGUACAUAGAAUUGGUAGAACAGGCCGUGCUGGUCAUUCUGGUUUAGCAACUGCUUUCUUCAGCAGCAAAAACAUGCCACUUGCAAAGAGCCUCGUUGGACUUUUGCAAGAAGCAAAAUAAGAAGUUCCUUCUUGGCUAAUCCAGUAUUCUGAGUCUUCAACACUUAUACUGAUAGAACAACCAAAACUCUAACAACAAUACCGCUUUUGACAGCAGUAAUACAGAGAUUGCUGGUGGUUAUAAUUAUGCUGAUGUUGGUUUGUGUGAAGGCAGUGAUGGCAUAAAUGGGCCAUGUGGUUAUGCAUCUGUUGUGUGUCUUAUAUAAAGUAUAAUUAUAUAAGAGUUUUCUUUCCCAAAUAGAUUUCACAGAAUCUGCAAUAUGGUGUUGUUGUGCUUUCAUGUUUGUGAUCUCUUUCACUUAAUGUAGGAGUUUCCACCUAAGGAAGGUUCUAGUAGCAUAUGCUUUUGUAUCAGUUGCAUUUAUUUUCCUCAAAUAUGGAAAUAAUGGAUCAUGGUGAUCAAGUAUGUACAGUCUGCUGGUUUGGAUAGCCUAUUUAGAAAAUAAAUAAUUUAAUUCAGUAAUUGCAAUUAUUUGAAUAAAAAUAAACCAGAAUUGGCAAAACAGUAGUAUUGAUGGUAAAUUGUUUAAUUACUUGUUCAACUGUGACACCACACAUGUUUGUUUGUAAAUAUUCUUUAGUUACUUUGCUGGUAUUAUCACCAAAGACUUGUCUAUCUAGAUUGUUGUUGCUGGUAUAUUUCUUGGUUUGUUACUUUCCUCUUUGAUGUUGUUGGAGAGGUAACGUUUAAGUAUAUGAACACAAUUCCUUCUGGUUCAGUCUUUCACUUCUAUGAACACAAGUUAGUUUCUCUGUUAACUUUCCCGUUAGGUUAGCUACAUGUUAGUUGGGAUUCAUUUCAGUUGAUUGGUUUUCUAUGAAGUUAGUUUGAGUUGAGUUAUCAGUUAAAUUAUUUGAUGUAUUUCUGUUUCUGUUAGUAUAUAAGUGUAAUGUUAACCUGUUAAAUCAGUUAUGGUUUUGUUAUAAGUGUUAAUUGAGUGAAUUAAUCAGUUAGUCUAUGGUGAUUAACAGAAUAAUUGUAUGACUAAUCGAUCAAUUGAAAUCUUUUGAAACUUUAGGUUUUAGCUAGUUAGCCUAAUUUCUUUAUCAUAUAUUCAUGUGGUUUUUAAUUAUUUAGUUAAUUAAGAAUAAUUUUGAUCGGGUUCUUGUUGGUUUUGAUCUUUAAGUUGGCGGUUCAUAUUUUAAUGAUCUUGUUUGGGUUUUAAUUGAUUGUCUUCAAAUUCUCUUUUGACGAUUAUCAGAAUUUUGGAUGAAGCACUGUUAUAGGAUGAGAUCGGUACCGGUUGCCGAAAUCUCUAGCUGCAUAUUUUCUAUAUAAUUAUAAUCAAUUUUGGAUGCUUGUUGUUCAUAUAUGCUUAAUUAUUAUUUAUUUUAUUGGAUAAUUUAGUUUGAUUUCCUUUACACUCACCUUUAAUCAUUGUCAAAUUAUAAGAAAUAUGUCUAUCGAAGGAGAUGGACCCAUAAUUCAAAUUGAGGACGAAGUUGAUGAAAGUUCAGUCCCUAGUUCAAAAAGAACAAAAACUUCUAUGGCUGGGGAAUUUUUUGAAAAGUUUUUUGACGAUAAAGGACUCCCAAAGGCAAAAUGCAAAAAUUGUGAUAAAAUUUACAUGGCUAGAGAUGGUGGUGGCACUUCAAAUUUGAUAAAACAUUCGCUGAAAUGUGUUGGAAGAGGGAAUGGAUCUUCUUAUCCUCCACUUGAUCAAGAAAAGUAUAGGGAAAAGAUUUCUGAGGAAUUGGGAGUUAGAGAAAAAAGUAUUAUCCUUCAUUCAUUGUCCACCACCUCACAACGGUUUUAAGUUGGCUGAGAAGUUAAUAAGUUUGUUAAAGGAGUGGGGUAUUGAGAAAAAAAUAUUCACAAUUACUUUAGACAAUGCAUCUAACAAUGAUGUUAUGGUGAAUAUAUUGAAGAAACAUUUAUUAUCAGGAUUAGGAUUGAUAGCUAAAGGAACAUAUUUUCAUGUUAGAUGUGGAGCACACAACUUAAACUUAAUUGUUCAUGAUGGUUUAAAGGUGAUAGAUGGAUCUUUGGGUAAAAUUAGAUUGUGUGUGAAAUACAUAAGAGGCUCAGAGGCUCGAAAAUUAAAGUUUGCAUCUUGUUUAGAGCAACUCUCAAAUGUGACUUCUAAGCAAGUUCGUCAAGACUUGCCUAUUAGGUGGAAUUCCACUUAUCUGAUGCUUGAGACUGCUAUAGGUCAACGAGAAGCUUUUACCCUCCUAAGUGAUAUUGAUCCCUACUUUGAUUGUUUAUCAAACGAGGAGUGGGAUAAGGUAAAAACCAUAGCUGAUUUUUUGAAGCCAUUUUAUGAUAUCACAUUUUUUUCGGGUAGCACUUAUCCAACCGCCAACCUCUAUUUUAGUGGUGUGUGGAGAAUUCAUAUGAAAAUCAAGGAAGUUUCAUGUGUUGAUCAUAGUGAGUUUGAAAAACAAAAUCAAUUAUGUUGCAUGGCUAGAAGAAUGGAGAAAAAAUUUGAUAAAUAUUGGAAUUCUUAUAGUGUUGUUCUAUCAUUUGCUGUCAUCUUAGAUCCUAGAUAUAAGUUGCAGUUUGUUGAGUGGUGCUAUGUGAGGUUGUUAGGUAGUGAGGGAGUACAAGUUGCAAAGUUGAUUUUAGAUAAGUUGAAAGCUUUUUUUCAAGAAUAUCUCAAGUCCUCAAAUGAGACAACCGCUUCAUCUAUACAAAGGUCAAUUAGAGGUAGUCCAAACAUUCCCUCAAAUGCCUUACAGGAUUUUGGGACUUACGAAAGUAAAUUAUGUGAACCAUCAAAAAAUGAGUCUGAUUUGGAAACUUAUUUGAAUGAAAAAAAAAAUUAACCAUGAGGAAUAUGCUGAUUUGGAUGUUUUGCAAUAUUGGAAAGCAAAUGAGGGUAAAUAUCUCAAACUUUCUAUAUUGGCACGUGACCUUUUGAGCAUUCCAAUUACUACAGUUGCAUCAGAAUCAGCAUUUAGUAUAGGUGGACGUAUACUUGACAAGUAUCGAAGUGCUCUUAUACCUGAAAAUGUUGAAGCAUUAUUGUGUACACAUGAUUGGCUUUGUGGAACUCCAGCGGCAAUUAAUUUUGAUGGACCCGGUUUUGUUGAGGACCUUUCAUCCUUCUUUUCCAUAACAUGAAGUUACUUGAAGAUGUGAUUUAUUUUGGGAGAACACUCUACAAAGAUUUUAUAACUUGAAGUUUGAAUGCUUGAACUAUUAGAAUUUUAUUAGUAAAAUGAUGUAUUGGUAUUUUACCUCUUUCGAUAAUCAAUUUUUUUUUGAAUCCCACUUGUUUGGUGAAAAUUAUAUGAUUGAUGAUUCAACUUUGUUGAAAAUUAUAUGCUAGAUUUAUUAGUAUUUUACCUCUUUUGAUGUUGAGGUUUUUCAUUUUA